UCGACUUUCUUUGCUCGCCCUUGACGGGUCCUGGUUAAGGAAGCGGUUACUCGUUAAAGAUGGCUGAGUAUUUGGCGUCGAUUUUCGGCACCGAGAAAGACAAAGUCAACUGCUCAUUUUACUUCAAGAUCGGAGCUUGUCGACAUGGAGACAGAUGUUCCCGAAUUCACAACAAGCCAACGUUCAGUCAGACUGUACUGCUGCAGAAUCUGUACCACAACCCCCAAAAUUCUGCGCAGACAGCUGACGGCUCCCAUCUUGCCAACAUGACUGAGGAAGAAAUGCAGGAACACUUUGACAAUUUCUUCGAAGAUGUCUUUGUGGAGCUGGAGGACAAGUACGGGGAGAUUGAAGAGAUGAACGUGUGCGAUAACCUUGGCGACCACCUUGUGGGCAACGUCUACGUGAAGUUUCGCAGGGAGGAAGACGCGGAAAAAGCGGUGGCAGACCUGAACAACCGCUGGUUUGCGGGCCACCCGAUCUACUCCGAGCUGUCGCCUGUGACAGACUUCCGUGAGGCCUGUUGCCGCCAGUAUGAGAUGGGCUUGAAAGCAAAGACUUGGCGUACCACGGAGGCCUCCGAGGAGUGCACUCGCAGUGGCUUUUGCAACUUCAUGCACCUCAAGCCGAUCUCGAGGGAGCUGCGCAGGGAACUGUACGGCCGCAAGCGCCGCAGGAGGUCUCGCUCUGGAUCCCGUGGCGGGGGCAGUCCCCGUGGGCCGAGACGACGCAGCCGAAGCCGCGAGCGCAGGCGUCGCAGCCGCAGCCGUGAGCGCAGGUCUCGCUCGCGGGAGAAGAAGGACCGCGAAGAGCGUGCGGGUCGCUUCUAAAGCUUGGGUCGGCACCAAACAGCCCGACCGCUCGCAACGCGAGGGUCGUUGGUGCCGCGAAGACCAUAGAUUGACACCUACCGUGUGUCCUUUCAUCCUCCCUUCUAUCGCUCGGUGUUGUUUAUACCAUUUCCUCUUACUUCGCCGCUGCACGUUGAGACGAGAGCAGCACGAGGCUCCUAGCUGUUCAUGUUCUGUGUUUCCCUCAACACGAGGAAUAAAUGAAUCUGUCAUUGCACAAUCUUCA